AUGCUGUUGGAAAAUAUGUUGUGCUCAAAGACCUACACACACAACCUUAAUGCCAAAAACAAGCCCAAAAGAGGGAAUGACUUUGAACAAAUUCUCAAGGAGAUGAAAGAGUAUCCAAGUAAGUGUCUGUACAAUAAUGCAACUCAUAAUUGCAAACAAAAAUCAAUUUAUUGAUAAUUGGCCCAGGAAUUAAGAAUUUGUCAGUGGGGGGGGAUCUACAAAAAGGGACCAUACUAUACCGAGUAAGGAGAAAUGAUAGAUGGUUUGUUGGUAACAAAAAGUUUGGUGUGGUAUCGCAUUUAAUAGUAGGGGGUCUGGGGUAUUCUCCCCCAGAAAAUAUUUGUAUUUUUCUACCCCUAUGAAUGCAAUUCCCUACAUUUUCUGAAACAGAUUUUUGGGUAUACAGCAUUACAUUAUGCUGUAGAUAGACUGAACCUUCAGUUAAGUACUUGCAUAAUAUGUUUAUGUAGAUACCACAACUUGGCCGUCACUCAGGGAGCCUGCUUGAUAAACUUAGAGGGCCCGACUCCCACUAAGUGCCACCAGAGUGAAAAACUUUUGAGGGGGCUUUCCCCCCAGUUAUAUAGUUAAAAAAUGCCCUGUAACAGCCAACCCCAAACAGAUAAUUUAGUUAAUCUGAAGGGCUGCUACACAAGCCAUUAUUUUUUUUUAUUUAGAUGCCAGUAUAGAGAUUUGUAUUGACAAAGAAAAUGUUGUGCAAGCAAUAUACUUUCAAACAGAAGAAAUGAGAAAAACAUUUGCAGCCUUUCCUGAACUUCUCUUCAUUGAUGCCACGUACAAACUCAAUGAUUUGCGAAUGCCUGUUUACGUAAUGCUCGUCAAAGAUGGUAAUGGAGAAAGCGAAAUAGUUUGUAUUUGGAUUGUCAACCAAGAGGAUAACCAAACUAUAACAAAAAUGAUGGAGUCUUUCAAAAAACAUAAUGGCGACUGGGAGAAAGUAGAAUGUAUCAUAAGUGACAAAGAUAUGACCGAAAGGCAAGUAUUGAAGAAGCAACUUCCACAAGCUGAUUUACAGUUCUGCUUGUUUCAUGUGCUCAAGGCAAUGAGGAGAGAGAUAACAGCAGAGAAACUUGGAAUUUCCCAAGCAGAACGUCAAUUGGCUCUGGAAAUACUAACAAAAAUUGUUUACUCAAAAACUGAAGCAUCCUACCAGGAACUAAAGAAACAACUAAAAGAUAGCACACCAAAGUCUGUUUAUGAUUAUUUCGAAAAAAACUGGGAUGCUAUCAGGAUGGAAUGGGUUGAAGGCCUAAAAUCAGGCUCUUGUAACUUUCUAAAUAGAACAAACAACCGUUUGGAAAGUAUAAAUGCGAAACUGAAAAGUGUGGUUACUCGGUACUCUGACAUGGCAUCAUUCUUCCAAGAUCUAAUGAAGUGCAUUGCUUCAUUAAAAACAGAGCAAAAUCAGAGAGCUGUGAACACAAUUUGCAAAACUCCACUUACCAGUUAUCGGACAGAGUCCCACAAAGAGUAUGGAAAACUGCUUACACCAUUUUCCUAUUCAUAUGUGAAGAAGGAACUUGACAAAGCAGAACAGGCUGAGGUAUUGAUGCUGGACGGUGGCAGUGUGCGUAUCAAAAUUGGCCAAACUGAAACUGAACUUGCAGAAAAUAAUUGUAAAUGUACAUUUUUCACUUCAAUGAAACUGCCCUGUAGGCAUAUCAUUGCAAGUAAGAAACAUGCUGGCAAAAGCUUAUAUGAUGAGACUUUGUGUGCUGACAGAUGGCAAGUUAGACACUACAAGAAAAGUCAUAGAGUACUCAACCCCUCCACAGGAAAUCCUUUGUCUGAAGAUCACUCAUUGUUGGAGCUAUCAGUUUUGAAGAGCUGCAAUAAAGUACCAUGGCAGAGCAAGAGAAAUAUAGAGAGGCUUUCAAAACUUUGCAAGGUGUUGCCCGAGCAAAUGUCACAUUUUGGAACUGAUCAUUUCCUCGCUAACAUGGAAACAUUGAAAAGAUUACAAACACAACUAGCUGUCGGAAGGAGAAUUGCACUAAAAGAUGAUGCUGCCCAACAAGAUUGGUCACUAGCAUGUAUAAUUUCAUUUGUUUGUAAUUUUAUAUAUCUGGACUGUAUUACUGUAUUUCAUUUGACAGUAAAUAACCUAGUGACCAACCAACCAACCAACCAACCAUAGAUUUAUAUUAUGGCCCACCCUAACUCCAUUGUGAUUUCUAAAUGUCCUCUUAUGUAGAAUGUGUAAGUGUAUGCACACAAACAGACUGUGUUCUGGUCCAGGAAAGUCCCACAGUGCUCCCUCAUGAUGACGACAAUGGGAACAAGUUGCACCAGAAGAAAUCCUCAAAUAAAUCAAGCUCUCAAGCUCUGAACGUAUACUGAAAAACAUUGUGGUAUAUAUCAUGUUAUUAGCAGGGAUCAAUAUAACACGAAAUAUAUUUUACAAAAGAAAUUUCACCACCAUAAUUGGAAUGUUAUUGUUUUGUUUUCCUGUAGAGUGCAAUUAAUGAUUUAUUGCACUCCUCUUAGCGAAUCAGAUCGCAGUAAUUUUGUCAUGUAUAGAAUAACUUAUAAGUAUCCCAUACUCAGUCUUUGAUUUAUUUUUAUAGAAGACAAGGAAAAUACACCCUGACCCCAAUUACAAUGCCGCCAAGAAUGUUGAAGAGAGGGCGGCCUAAAUGUGCUGGUUAAACUGUCAUUGGUCUUCCCAAAAAGAGAAAGGUUACAGGUGCAAUACCAUUCAUUAAAAAGUCACCUACCGAAAAAGAAAGAGGUAAAUUGAAGGUUUUAAUGUAUAAUUAUACUAUAAUCUUAAUGCUUAAGCUUAAAGAAGUGGUCCAGACUAUUUGUUCAUGAAAGCUUUGUUUACAUUUUUUCUAUCAAAAUAAUGGACUUUAUUAAACCUAUAUGGAAAACCUAUAGCCAAAUACAGCCAACCAGAUGACCACUUGUCAAUGCAAUUUUCAUAAAUUUCAAGAUGCUAAUUAUAGUUCUUAUCAAUCUUUUAGUGUUGUUGAACUGCUUUCUUGAAAUGAAAGAAGUAGAAUCUGCUCUCCGUGGAGUAUUAGCAGAAGAAGAGAUGGUUGAAGUUCACCCAGAAUUUGUCCCGAUGAAGGUCCUUGAUCAGUCUGUGUCUAUCAAUCAGAUUAAGAAAUAG